AUGACCUCCUCUCCAGACAAACCGCUUCAAACGAUUCCAGUGCUUGCGCUCCCCUAUCCCUUCGUGCUCCUGACAGGUGGCAUCCUCAACCUCGGUCUCACACGCAUCCAAGCCGACGCUCUCGCGCGCCUAAUCGACGCCUCAUCCAAUGGCAGCCCUCGCGUGGCAGCAGUUCCUCUUGUCCCCUCCUCCGAGAACUCAGAUGACGAUGAGGACGGGACGAGGUUAUAUGAAUGGGGUGUCCUGGCCAGGAUUACGCAGCUCGUACGAAGUCCCACGAGGAGACCUGCACCAUAUAUCGCCACUCUCGCCGGCCUCACCCGCAUUCGACUUCCCACUGCAUCUCAGGCCGACCCAUUCGCCGCACCACUCCAACGACUUCCAUAUGAACCUAUCAACGCGGCUAAUAAGAUCGCGUCUGAGACUGUACGGGCGUUCAAGAGCGCGGCGCUCAAGUUAUUCGAUAGACUCGCGAAUGAUGACAGUCAGAAUACCCGCGCGAGGGAGAGGUGGAGUGCGCUGGGCAGUGUGCUAGAGGAGGCGAGAGGCGAGAGGGUCGUCAUGCUUGCCGAUGCACUCGUCGGGCUGUUGGGCGUCGAUUAUAGGGAGAGACUCCAUAUGCUCGCGCUCGAGCCCAACCAAAUGCUUAGAAACCUCACUGGGCUCAUGGAGAAGCAGAACGCAUCCUCCGGCUUACAAGCGCUCAAAGCCGGCCGACCGCGAAGCCCGAGUGACGCUUCGACUUCUCCAUCUGGUGUACCUGAUGAGUUCGACACGACGGCCGACCCCGAAUCCGAUCCUGACGGCAUGAACGAGCUGAGGAAGAAGAUCGAGCUGCUAGCCGCCGGCACGGAGGAGCGCAAAGUUGCCGUUGCGGAGUGGAAGAGGUUGAAGAAGAUACCCAGCGCAAGCGCCGAGUGGGGCGUCGUGCGCGGCUAUAUCGAAUGGAUCGUCUCAGUUCCCUGGCCCGCCUCCUACCAACCCACUGAACCACAGGAGGUAAAGGAAGACCAAUCUACCCCGGACUUCCUCGCAGCCGCCCGCGCCCAACUUGAUUCCGAUCAUUUCGGGCUUGACCACGUUAAGCGCCGGCUGGUGGAAUACCUCGCCGUCGUGAGAUUGUUGGAGGCACAGGAGGCGAAAGUUGUCGCCGAGGAGAAAGCGAAGGCGGAACUUGAAGCCAAAGCGAGGGAGGAGAAGGAGGCCGAGGAGAAGCGCAAGGCGGAGAAGGAGCAGGAAGCUGUAACGGAACGGGCGCUUGUCAAGGCUUCUUCCUCAUCCGAGACGAACGAUCAACCACCUCCCCUCGUAAAGGCGCCACCUCCCACGCCCGUACCCGUCCUUCCCAAAUCCACCCGCAAGCGCCUCACAGCGCGCGGCCCAAUCCUCCUCUUCGUCGGCCCGCCCGGAACGGGCAAAACCUCCCUCGGCUCCUCAAUCGCUCGAUCGCUGAACAGACCCUUCCAACGCAUCGCCCUGGGCGGUGUCCGCGACGAAGGCGAGAUCCGCGGUCACAGACGUACAUACGUCGCAUCAUCCCCCGGCGUCAUAGUGCAAGCCCUGCGCCGCGCCGGACGGCCCGAUCCAGUCUUACUACUCGAUGAGGUAGACAAGGUCGGACAAGGUGGCGGUGCACAUGGCGACCCCAGCGCCGCAUUGCUCGAAGUCCUCGAUCCAGAGCAGAACCAUUCCUUCAGGGAUCACUACCUCAACAUCCCUCUCGACCUCUCGGGGGUUCUCUUCCUCUGCACCGCAAACACACUCGACACUAUCCCGCCAGCAUUACGCGACCGAUGUGAGAUCGUGCGUGUACCGGGAUAUACCAGUGCAGAGAAGGUCGAGAUCGCGAAGAGGUUCUUGAUGCCGAGGGUCGUUGAGCGGUGUGGGUUGAAAGAGGGUGAUGUGGUGGUCAAGGAGGAUGUUGUGGGGGAGUUGGUUAGGGGGUAUACGGCCGAGGCGGGCGUUCGAGGCCUGGAGAGGGCCGUCGCGGGUGUUGUGAGGCAUAAAGCCGUUGAAUACGCCGAACGGCCGUCCUCCUCCUCAUCGUCCUCGUCAAGCUCAAAGUCGUACGACCCGGAGGUGAAGGUCGAAGAUCUCGAGACCAUUUUGGGCGUUCCGAGAUGGGAUGGUGAUGAGCGCGAGCGCGAGGCAAGACCUGGCGUCGUUUACGGUCUGGUCGUGACGGGUAUGGGCGAAGGCGAAGUUAUGCCCGUCGAGUCCAUUGCCGUACCGGGUAAAGGACGGUUGAAGCUUACGGGCUCACUCGGAGAUGUGAUCAAAGAGUCCGGCGAGAUCGCGUUGAGCUGGGUCGUCGCGCACGCAUCUAGGUUAGGGUUACCGCACGACGUCCUGAAUGAGCGUGGGAUCGACAUCCAUCUGCAUCUGCCGAGUGGAGCACAGAAGAAGGACGGGCCCAGUGCCGGCGUCGCUAUCGCCUGCGCAUUCGUCUCGCUCCUCACGGGUGCUUCCGUCCCAGCCGAUACAGCCAUGACGGGCGAGAUAACGCUCCACGGACGUGUCACGCCCGUAGGCGGGAUCAAGGAGAAAGUCCUCGGCGCGCACCGGGCGGGGUGCAAGCGUUUGCUCUUACCCUAUGCGAAUAGGAGAGACGUGGAGCACGAUGUACCGAGGGAGAUCAAGGAGAGCAUGAAGUUCGUCUUCGUGAGAGGUGUUGAGGAGGCGCUGGGCGUUGUGUUUGGCGAGGGGGUGUUGAAGAAGGGACGGCAUGAGUGGCCGGGAGUUGGGAGGGAGGAGGUCGGUGUUGGGUCUGGGUUCUUGUCAAGGUUGUAA